GCGCAUGCGCUCUCAGCCUUGAGCGGAAAGAAGUACAGUUUAUGCUACGGAGUUACACACACCGCGAAUGGAGCGAGAGGAGUCCGGAACCAGAACCGUAAACGACAAAGAGAUGACAUCUCUGGUCCACAUGGAGACUAUAGAAGAGCGAGGAGAUCUCCUGAAUCAGCAGUGCAGUAACUGUGAUGGGAAUCUAGCCAGACAUUGGUGUCUGGACUGUUACGAGGCUCUGUGUGGCGACUGUGUGACGGCUCAUCGUAGAGUUACGCUUACCCGAUCCCACAGACUCCUGAACCAGCCUUGCAAUGAUGACCGUUUCCGUCCUCCCAUCAAGUUCUGCAAACUCCACCCGCCGGAGCCUCUCAGACUCUUCUGUUUCACCUGUAACCACCUCACAUGUAGAGACUGUCAGCUGUUGGCCCAUAAGAACCACAGGUUCAGCUUCGCCAGCGAAGCGGUGGACGGUCUGAGGAAGAAGCUGGACGCCUGCAUGCAGCCAAUCAGAGCUCAGAUGGAGGCGUCGAGAAAGAGUCUGCAGGACAUGGAGAUGAGGUUGAAGGUUCUGGCUCGGUCCGAGCUCCACCUGACAAAUUCUCUGCAGGAGGUCUUCAGAUCUCUGUCUGAGCUCCUGAAAGCCAGACUGGAACGUUUAACCAGGGAGAUCCAGACGAUCUACGAUUUGGAGCGUGAGAUGAUCAAAGGGAGGAUGCUGAAGGUGAAGGAGCUGCAGGAGGGUCACAGGUCAGUGAGGGAAGCUGCAGACAAAGCCCAGAACUCCAGAGACCUGCUGGUUGUGCUUCGCUGCGUAGAACAGGUUACGUCUCAGGUGAAGGAUCUGAAGGAUCAGGACUUGUCUCCUCCUUCAAACAUGGUUUACCUGAAGGUCACCACAGACAGGCAGACGGUGGAGAGCAUGAUUAGGUUUGGUAAACUUCUCCUGUCGUGGGUCCCCUUCUGCGUGUCCAAGGAGUUCAAAGAGAGUGUAGAACCUCAUCCUGCCUCCUCCACCUCCUCCCCCACCAGUCAGCCCCUCACCUCCUCCCCCACCAGUCAGCCCCUCACCUCCUCCAUCAUUCAGCCCCUCAUGUCCUCCUCCAUCAGUCAGCCCCUCACCUCCUCCUCCAUCAUUCAGCCCCUCACGUCCUCCUCCACUUCCAUCAGUCAGCCCCUCACCUCCUCCUCCAUCAUUCAGCCCCUCACGUCCUCCUCCAACAUUCAGCCCCUCACAUCCUCCUCCAUCAUUCAGCCCCUCACGUCCUCCUCCACUUCCAUCAGUCAGCCCCUCACCUCCUCCUCCAUCAGUCAGCCCCUCACGUCCUCCUCCAUCAGUCAGCCCCUCACCUCCUCCUCCAUCAGUCAGCCCCUCACGUCCUCCUCCACUUCCAUCAGUCAGCCCCUCACCUCCUCCUCCAUCAUUCAGCCCCUCACGUCCCCCUCCACUUCCAUCAGUCAGCCCCUCACCUCCUCCUCCAUCAUUCAGCCCCUCACGUCCUCCUCCAUCAGUCAGCCCCUCACCUCCUCCUCCAUCAUUCAGCCCCUCACGUCCUCCUCCAUCAGUCAGCCCCUCACAUCCUCCUCCAUCAGUCAGCCCCUCACCUCCUCCCCCACCAGUCAGCCCCUCACCUCCUCCUCCAUCAGUCAGCCCCUCAAGUCCUCCUUCAUCAAUCAGCUCCUCACCUCCACCAGUAAAACCAGUAAUGGUAUUAGUGGUCCUGCUUCAUGCCCAGUGUCACUCACAACCUCCUCAUCAUUAGACUCCUCCAACCUGUUAACAUUCUCCAGUAAGAUCAUACCUCAAACUGGGACCAGUAGGGAAGCUGCCUCCAACCAGCAACGUCCUCCUUUGCUGUCCUUAUCAGAUUUAGUUCCCCCCCUCGUGUGUCCCAGUCCCCCACCCGGACCUUCUACCAGGACUGGGAAGUCCUCUGGUGCCAAGUCUCUUCCUGCAUCUGCUGAGCCUUCAUCAUCAGGUUCCCUCUCUUCUCAGGUUCGUCUUCCUCCGUCCUCGACCUGUCCUCCUCCCUCCAAAAGUCAUGUCUCCAUAACACCCAACGCUUUAGUCAGCUCUGUUUGUCCGUCUUCCUCCUCUCUGACCUUUGUGGUUCCACUCAGUUCUAGCUUCAGUUCUUCAAAUGUCCUUGACCCUGUCCCCACCUGUCUCAUUGGUUCACGUUCACAGUCCACGUCAGAGCCAUUGGGUCCUCCUCUUGUCAUAGCUCCCACCAACUACAGGCUCCUGCACCAGUUCUUGGACAACCAGAACCCCCCUCCCCCGCUGUUCGUGUCCUCCUCCCUACAGGUUUCUCCUUUGUCCUGUGUCCCUCCUGCUUCUGAGCCCCCACCAUUCCGUGCAUCAACUACCAGUGGUUCUGACUCCAUUCGGAUCAACAUUCUGAGCAAGUCCCAGCUGAUGUCUGAAUCAGAACCGCUCUGCAGAAGAUGGUUCACCCCUGGGAUGUGGGACAUUGUCCCCACCGUAUCCCUCAGGUCCUCCUCGAGCGCUGGCCCUAUAGCCUCCUCCGUCCGCCGUCAAAACCACAAGGCUUCAUCAUCAUCACGAACACCUUCAGCCUCUACUCAGGUUGGUCAUCAUGUGUCCUCCCACACCACCAUUUCCACCAGCUCUGCUUCUGUCCAAAAAGACCAUCCCAACUUGUCUCAGUCAAUUGUUCAAUGGGUGAAUGUCAAUCGUCCCGAGUUCAUCUUACCCACUCAAGCAGUUCCAUCUAAUGUCAUGCAGAAAGACACCCAACAACUACACCUUCCUGCCCCCCAGACUGCUGCACCACCUUCAUCCUCCUCCACAGUUGGGACCGACUCCACACUCCCCCCAUCGGGAGGUGCAUUCUUCCUUGCAGCAGUGCCACAGACCCAGACACCGAUUUUGGUCACAGACCAGAAGAGAUCCACACACAGCAGAUGUGCUGCUUCCGACCAUCAGCUGCUCUUGGAUCAGAACCCAGCUUCUAGUCCUUCUCACUUCAACGACCAGCACCAGGAUCUUUCCUUGGACAAGACUACCUCUGUGUCCAAACCAGGGACGGCUGAGUCGGGAGAAACCAGAAUAGAGGAAGAUGUCUCUUCACCUGUAACACCUGACAUCCAACCAACCUCAGAGUUUACCAACCCUGCAGAGGAGAAAUCUCCUCCUGAAGAUCAUGAGGUAAAACCCUCCGUCCAUCCUGGAGACACCCAGCUCUACGGUGGACUGUUUUCUCCCAUUUCAUCAGAGGAUGAGCUCUUCUCCAAGGAUCCAGAAGAAUCCAACCCCGCAGAGGAGUGUUUCAUUUUGAAGGAGUCUGAAGACAUCCAACCUCAUGGAGAACCCUUUUCACCCGUUUCUUCAGAGGACCGUCUCACCACCAUCAACCCCGAGGAGACAAAACCUUCAGAAAGGCCGGAGGCAGGCGAGUUUGAGUGGGCCACAAGUGAAUCGGAGGAGAUGAAACCUUAUUCUCCCAUUUCAUCUGUAGAUGAGAUCAUCACUCCUGAAGAAACCCGCCCUGCAGGGCGGCUGUUCACUGAGGUCCAACCAGCCACCAAUACACCAGACGAAGACAGGGUUGGACUGUUUCCACCCGUGUCUUCAGAGGAUGAGCUAAGCUUCCCUUUCACUAAAGCAGCUGAUCUGAAGCUGAACAUCUCUGAAAUGUCUGACCGUGACACCGAAGCCCCACAGAGCCUACAGACCCGACAGCGAGCCUUCGUCCUAGCCCACAUGCAGCCCAGAGUGUCUCUGAUGAGACUACCCGUGUCUCUUACAGACCGUACACGUCUCCUGCCAAGCUUCGAGGUGGUCCUGGGAGACGAUGACAAUAUAAUCCACCUGAAGGAGCCCCACGUCUCCAACGUCUCAGACGAAGACUCUGACGUCACUGAAGACUUCACAAAGUCUGGGUCUUCUGACUCUCCGAUGUCCGUCGAGGUCCUUUCCUGCUCUGCGUGUUUGUCUCCCAGUGCGUCCAAAAUCUGCUCGAUGUGCGGACGUGGGUACCACGUGGACUGUCAUGUCCCUCCAGUUGGACCUGACAUUUGGUCAGAGUGGAUCUGUUCGUUAUGUCAGGACUUGUCGGAUCCGUCAGACCCGUACAGUUCUGACAGACCAAAAAGUCUUCAGGGUACCGGUCUGAGCCCGCUGGACCAGAGGAGGUGUGAGACGCUCCUGCUGCACCUGAAGGUCGAAGGCUGCCGUCGCUUCUCAGAGUUGGAUCUUUGGUCUGAUGUGGUUCUGAUAUCAGAACGCCUGACCCACCAUCGCCCCCCUCCGUACCAGACCGCCGCUCAGCUCGUCUCCGACCUCUGGACUCUGUUUCUGGACUCCUCACAGAGCGAAGAGUUGGAGAAGCUGCAGCAAAGUUUCCUGAAGAAGUUGAAGGAAACCUUAGGAGCAGAACUUCCUGCUUCACUCCUGGUCGCUCCAACAUCUGACAAAGCCAGUGGCGAAGGUCCGAGCUGUUCGGUGAGUGGCACUGAGAUGCCACGGGAGCAGGGGGACUUUAAGGAUGUGAGGAAGAGGCUGAGAGACUUUCUGGGCCUGAAGUUCUCAUCAGCAUCCAAACGGACCAAGAAACACUAAACGGAUUCACAAACGGACCUCCUCACCUCAGCAGGAACCUGACGGAGAUCUGGUUCUACUGGGUCUGAACAGAACCGUGCCAUGAGCCUGGUCUCUGGUCUGUUUAUAAAAUCUAAAUCGGAUUCUAAAUUCUAGAGUCAGAACAUUUUGGGUUAAAAUUCACUCAGAAAAAAGUAAAGAAACAUAAAAAGGAAGUUAAAUCUGCUAAAAAUACUUUAAUUUAUAUUAUUAACUAAAUGUAUGUAAUCUGGAGGUUUGGUUUCACAGCAGAACUUUAAUGAGGUUCUGAUUUGACUGAUCUGUUAGAAUUUCUCCUAGCUCUUCCAAACACUCAAACCCACUGACUGGUUCUGACGGAUCAGAACCACAGAGACCCGUUUCGCCCUCCUGAGACUCAGAACUUCAAAUCAUUUUUGGUUCAACUUAUUUUUUACUGAAGCACCUUAAUUUCUGUGUACCAGCAGCUGUAGACGGGCUGAUCAGAACUGAGAAUUCUGAUGAAAUAAAACUUUUCUGUUUAAAUAAAA